GUCUCUCGUCUCUGAAGGGGGUGGGGGAUUAUGUAACAGUUGUGAAGAGCGUGCAUUUAUAAAUAGCUAGUCAGAGUCAAAAUGAAGGGUGUUCUCACUGGAUUACCUCUGGGAAGCCAGUUAACCAGCGGGGUGUCUGUGGGCUGGCGGAGGCUGUAACUGGUAGCGGUAACCAAUGAUCUUACAGUGUCAGCUGUGGCUGCAUGUAGCGGAGUCACGGGUCUGAUCGGGCGACACCGGUCCGAAUGGCAGAUCCCUAGGGCGGCUGCUGUUGCCAAGGAAAUGCCCGUCAACAAAAACCAUCUUUAAGCUAAAUGCCCUCAGGUUUGGCCAAGGCCGCCCUAGGGAGGGGUGAUUCCAUGAAGACUGAUGUGAUGAAGGAAGCUCUUUGCAUUAAAGAGGGGGGUAACGAUGACGUGGCAGUGGACAAGAGAGGACAUGCCCCCAAGAACGAGAAGGAGGUGAACGGGAUCUGUGAACGGCUGGAGCUUGGAAAGGGCCAGCAAAGCUCUGGGCCCCAUCUCCCUCAGGACAGCAAGGCAGGGAGGCAGUCGGAGUGUGGCCCGCGGGCGCGCAUCAGCGAGAACGGGCUACCGGAAAACGAGGCGCCCCACGGCUCCGUAACUGGUAGCAACGGCUUCGUCCUGGGCAAGCAGCAGCCAGAAGGGGGCACCCCACACAGGACUAGUGGGUCACCCGUAGGUGGCGCUUUAGUGGGACACGCCGCUAAAACACUGCCCCCGUCCUCAGCACGGGCCAGGAAUGUGGGAUCCGUAAAGACUGAUGGAGGUGCGGGGAUGGGUGCGGCCACAGACGGCCGGGCGGAGUCAGAGACUAAAAAUGGCACGAGCCAGGACCCUCCGCCAGUGACUAUACACCGGGCUCGCAAAACCAUGGCUAGACCAGCCUCCAACCAGCCAACACUAAAGCUUCUAAACAGGGAAUCUCAAGAACCAAAUGGCGCAAAAGAUGAGACUCGGAGUGGAUUGGAGGCAGGGAGCCCUCCAGCAGCCGUACCCCCUCAACCUCAGCUACCUCAGGGCCAAAGCGACGCAUCGGCACCCCCCAGCAAGCCUCAGCCCGCAGCCACCGGCGUCUCCCGGAAAAAGAAGAGGAAGAUGGGGAUGUACAGUCUCGUUCCCAAGAAGAAAACCAAAGUACUGAAGCAGCGCUCCGUGCUGGAUCUUUUCAAGGACCUGUCACGGAAGGCCAUUCAGGCCCAGCAGCAGAAAGGGCUCCGAGUGAAUGGCGAGAGCGUGGAAGACGACUCUGAAGAGGAGUCUGAGGACGGCGAGGAUUCCGAGGAAGAGGACGAGCAGGUCGGCGACGAGGCUGCCGCUGUUCCCCGAGAGGAGCCGAGAGCUCCCGACGCUGCUCUUCAGCUCGGUCUACCCGGAGCAAAAGCCGCAGGCUCCUCCUCUGAGGGUUCUGGGCCGGUAGGACAUGAAGCUCCGACGGGCCAGCUUGUAAGGGAGCAGGAAUCUGAGGAAUCUGGUGACGACGAAGGAGAGGAGGAGGGCAACGACUCGGACCUGAGCUCAGAGUCCAGCCUAAAAAAGAGGAUGAAAAAGAAAAUGAAAGGAGAGAAGCCCUGGCUGCACACAUCCAGGAAGCGUAAGAGGAAGAAGCAAUCGAAGGCCGAGGGCCUCCCAGGGAAUGAGGUGGAGGUCCAGUCACAGUUAAACACCAGUAAGGAGUACACGGAGGUGCCUCUGGUCUCCUUGAACCUAGAAGUCCAGGAGGAGUUUCUUGUGUCCCAGCAAUCAGGUCUGCCUGGAGGUCCAGGGGGGGUGGAGACGGACCUGGUGCAGGAACUGCCCUUGUGCAGCUGCCGAAUGGAGACGCCAAAGAGUCGAGAGAUCCUCACGCUGGCAAACAGGAAGUGCAUGGCUACAGAGAGCGUGGAUGGGCAGCUAAGUCGCUGUCAGAGCAGUGUGACAAAACACGAGAUGAUGCGGCCCUCCAACACGGUACAGCUCCUGGUUUUGUGCGAGGAUCAUCGGGCCGGCAUGGUCAAGCACCAGUGCUGUCCCGGUUGCGGCUACUUCUGCCGGGCGGGGACCUUUAUGGAGUGCCAACCGGACAGCAACAUCUCUCACCGCUUCCAUCGGGUCUGUGCCUCUGUGCUGAAGGGUCAGACCUUCUGCCCACACUGUGGCGAGGAUGCAGGCAAGGCCAAGGAAGUAACUAUCGCCAAGGCAGACACGACCUCCAUGGUACCCCUCUCCCCAGGCCCGAAGAUGCCCACUGUGUUGGAGGGCAAGGCCGACACCACCACUGGGGGUCUAGCUCAUGUGCCCAGGUCUAAUGACCACCGAGCAGACAGCUCUUUGCCAAGAACCCCAGAAAUGUCUGACACUCAGUCACCUGGGUCCAAGGCUGCCAUGGCCAUGGGACUGGGGCUCGGAUCCGCGCCAACGCCAGGACCACCCAAAGAGACUCUGGAGAGCGUACUUCUUGCUUUGGAUGCAGAGAAGCCUAAGAAACUGCGAUUCCACCCAAAGCAGCUAUAUAUUUCAGCCAAGCAAGGGGAGCUCCAGAAGGUCCUGCUGAUGCUAGUGGAUGGAAUAGACCCCAACUACAAGAUGGAGAGCCAGAGCAAGCGUACACCCCUGCAUGUAGCUGCCGAAGCAGGACAUCAGGAAGUCUGUCACCUGCUUGUGCAGGCUGGUGCAAACCUUGACAUGUGUGACGAUGACCAGAGAACACCUCUCAUGGAUGCCUGCGAGAACAACCACUUGGAGACAGUCCGGUAUCUUCUCAGGGCUGGUGCCAUAGUGAGCCACAAGGAUGUGGAAGGCUCGACGUGUCUGCACCUGGCUGCUAAAAUAGGACACUAUGACAUUGUGCGACACCUGCUGGAUACCUGCUCGAUAGAUAUCAACUGUCAGGAUGACGGUGGGUGGACAGCCGUGAUCUGGGCCACGGAGUACAAGCAUGUGGACCAGGUGAAGCUGCUGCUCUCCAGGGGCGCCGACAUUAACAUCAGAGACAAGGAGGAGAACAUCUGCCUGCACUGGGCGGCCUUCUCUGGCUGCGUGGAAAUCGCCGAGCUCCUGCUGGGCGCGAGGUGCGAUCUGCACGCCGUCAACAUGCACGGCGACUCACCCCUUCAUAUUGCGGCGCGGGAGGACCGGCUGGACUGCGUGACACUCUUCCUGUCACGCGGUGCCAACGUGAACCUUAAGAACCGCGAAGGGGAGACCCCCCUGGAGUGCUGUAGUCACAACUCCAAAGUAUGGAGCACCCUUCAGGCUAACCGGAAGCUGAAGGAAGCCGCAGGUACCCAGGCGCAACAGGAGGAGAAGGUCCUCAACAGGGACAUCGCACGUGGCUACGAGAAGGUCCCUGUUCCAUGUGUGAAUGGGGUGGAUUCAGAGCCCUGUCCCGACAACUAUAAAUAUGUCCCUGUCAACUGCGUCACUUCACCCAUGAACAUCGACAAGAACAUCACUCACUUGCAGUACUGUGUGUGCAAAGAUGACUGCUCCUCCACCAGCUGCAUGUGUGGGCAGCUCAGCCUGCGCUGCUGGUACGACAAGGAGGGACGUCUCCUUCCAGAGUUCUGCCGCGAGGAGCCGCCGCUCAUCUUCGAGUGCAAUCAUGCCUGCUCGUGCUGGAGGACCUGCAAGAAUCGCGUUGUUCAGAACGGCCUGAGGAUGCGGCUACAAGUCUUCCGGACAGCAAAGACUGGUUGGGGAGUUCGAGCCCUUCAGGACAUCCCCCAGGGAACCUUUGUCUGCGAGUACGUGGGCGAGAUCAUCACUGACGCCGAAGCAGAUGUCAGGGAGAAUGACUCGUACCUCUUCAAUCUGGACAACAAGGUGGGAGACGUAUACUGCAUCGAUGCCCGCUUCUAUGGCAACAUCAGCCGGUUCAUCAACCACAUGUGCGAGCCCAACCUGUUCCCUGUCCGCGUCUUCACCACUCACCAGGACCUCCGCUUCCCCCACAUCGCCUUCUUUGCCAGCAAGAACAUCAGUGCCGGCGAUGAGAUUGGGUUCGACUACGGCGACCACUUCUGGGAGAUCAAGGGCAAGCAGUUCAGCUGCCAGUGUGGCUCGUCCGCAUGCCGGCACUCGGCGGCCGCCCUCGCCCAGAGGCAGGCAGACAGCACGCCCGGGGGCCAGCAGCCCGGCGCCCUCCCUGACACCAGCUCCUCUACCACACCCUCCAGCCCCUGCUGAAUCCCACCCUGUGGCCCGAGCACCACCCACACCAGCACAAACCCCCCCCCCCCCCCCCCUUUGUGUGGGACACCACACUCACUCCACCUUGCCAUUGUAACCACGACUCAUCGGGUGCAGUGGAACCCAUCGCCCUCCAGGCUUUUGGCUUUUUGCCCCCCGCCCCACUGAACGGAACCCUGAAAACUGGAUGUUUGCCAACUUUCCCAGCAAAGAUUUCGAUAGUCUCAAUGACAUGUGGCGAGAGAAGGCCGUCUAAUGUCGUAUUGCUUCCCUGUGCAAUAUGGGUCAAAGUGGACAGCUUUCCGGUGUUUUGUGCAGGGUUUCCUUGGGUAGCGGCUUUUAAAGGGGAGUUGAUCAUUUCAUGAGGUUUUCAGUCUUUCCUGGCAGGAAUCUGUAGCAUUAGAUUGGGCCAUAACUUCAUAACCUUUCUCUGUUGCAAGGAAAAGUGAGAUUUCUGAUGGGAAAUAUUCACGACCAGGUAUUCCUUUGAGGAAAAUACUGACACGUAAAUCAGGGCUUUUUGGUUCCUUGAUGGCCACUGGUUUAAUUUCUCACGGUUUAAUUGGACCAAUAAUUGUCAUGUUCCCAGUUAUCCAGUAAACAAAAUGAGAUUAUUAUUAUUAUUUUUUUUUUAGGAAUGUGGUCAUGAACCUUGAACAUGAACCUACUGCAACUAGAUAUAUGAGGCAGUAGGUUGAGGAGCUGUGUAUUCCCAUUGGCCCUCCGCCAUUCUGACAUCUCUCGAAGAAGGCAAGCCGCUCAUGACAGCCAUUUUAAAAGCAAAUGUCCUUCGUUAGAUUUAAUUAUUAGGUUCAUUAUUUUCAAGUUACAUUUAAGAAGAACUCAUGCGGCCUGUAACGUUGGGGGUGGGGGUCAUGGUUUUGUGGAGACCGUAGUUCCCUUGGUGUCCCUCCCGUGGAGCACAGUGGAGGCCGCUCUUGCUGAGCAUUUGGGCAGAUCUGGGCGCCGAUCGUCACACUCGGGCUGAAGCCGACGGGGCGGAGCCACAUCCGCCGGGGACAGUGACCGUGGCCAGCCGGCAUGGAGGACCCAUGUCAUCAGCGCGAAACUCGAGGAGGAUUGCCAAAAGACGUGGAAGACGUGACUGCACUAGAUUUCAUAACUUUUUAAAAAUGUCUGUACCAAUAGAACAUGGGGCGUUGAGAGAAGCAUGUUUUGUGAGGAAAAGGCACUCAGCCAAGAAUAAUUGAACAUCUUUUUUUUUUUCUUUGUCGGGUGGUGGGAAAAAUAAAGCCGGUCAGAACUCACUGAGGAAAACUGAAAAUGGUGCUGAUAUUUUUUUUUAAUUAUUAUUUUGUAUUACUCACCAAGUGAAUACAACUUGUAAAAUAAGAUGUGGAAAAGAUUGUGGAUUUUUUUUUUUCACAUUUAAUUUUACCUCCAGUUUUCUUACUGUAGUAACUAGUUAGCCUAUCAACUGUUUCAUAAUUCUAUGUUGACUGUAAAAGUGCAUAAUUCUGUCAUUUUAAAUGUGGUUAGUAUGGUUAGUAUAUUGUAGAAUCUUGUGCUAAUUCCCACCUAUGGCUUAAAGCAAAAAAAAAAAUUAAGACUUGCAUAUUUCUUGACAGUGAAAUAUGAUGCUCGGUCUAACUGGCUGUACCCUUUUUCAAUAAAAUUACUACUAAUAAAUCAGAUUUAUUUACAAAACA